CUGUGCAGCCUCGGUAUCACUCACCAUCAGACAACGGGAGUCACCGGCGCAGAGCACACUGUUCCUCACCCGACGCAAACGUUAAAACCGCUCGGCGAAACGCUGCUUUGAGGAGCGUCGUGUCCGCGAAACGACAUGGGGGACCGAGUAGCUUUACUGCUGCUGGCUGUAGCGGCUUCGACUCUGGCUGCCGAGGUUCCUACAGAUGUUUCUAUGGGUCUGUUAGCAGAGCCCCAGGUGGCCAUGUUUUGCGGUAAACUCAACAUGCACAUCAAUGUGCAGAGCGGCAAGUGGGAGCCGGACCCCUCAGGCACCAAGAGCUGCAUCGGUACCAAGGAGGGCAUCCUGCAGUAUUGCCAGGAGGUGUACCCAGAGCUCCAGAUUACCAAUGUAGUGGAGGCCAACCAGCCAGUCAGCAUCCAGAACUGGUGCAAGAAGGGGCGCAAGCCGUGUCGCAGUCACAUGCAUAUCGUUGUGCCCUACCGCUGCCUGGUGGGAGAGUUUGUGAGUGACGCCUUGCUCGUCCCUGACAAGUGCAAGUUCCUGCACCAGGAGCGCAUGGACCAGUGUGAGAGCCACCUGCACUGGCACACUGUGGCCAAGGAGUCCUGUGGAGACCGCACCAUGAAUCUUCACGACUACGGGAUGCUGUUGCCGUGCGGCAUCGACCGUUUCCGAGGGGUGGAGUUUGUGUGCUGUCCCGCCGAGGCGGAACGGGACGCCGACAGCGCCGAGCAAGACGCCGACGAUUCCGAUGUCUGGUGGGGCGGAGCGGAGACCGACUACUCUGACACCAGUAUGGUGCGGGAGCCAGAGCCAGCGGAGCAGCAAGAGGAAACCAGGCCAUCUGUGGUAGAGGAGGACGAGGAAGUGGAGGAGAUGGAGGAGGAGGAAGUGGCCGAGGAAGACGAGGAGGAACAAGAGGAGGAAGAGGACCUACUGGUCACCGACCAGGACGGAGAUGGAGAGGAGGACGAAGAGGUGGUGGAGGAAGAGGAAGAGGAGGAAGGAGACGACGACGACAUCGACACGCUCGACGACAACGAUGAUGCAGGCGAGCCCACCACCAAUGUUGCCAUGACAACCACCACCACCACCACCACCGAGUCUGUGGAAGAAGUUGUCAGGGAUGUGUGCUGGGCCAACGCAGAGACUGGUCCAUGCCGGGCCAUGCUGCCCCGCUGGUACUUUGACCGACAGGAGGGCCGCUGUGUUCAGUUUAUCUACGGGGGCUGCGGAGGCAACAGGAAUAACUUUGAGUCAGAGGAGUACUGCCUGUCUGUCUGCAGCAGCGUCAUACCCACAGCCACGCCCAGCUCCCCUGACGCCGUGGACCACUACCUGGAGACACCCACUGACGAAAACGAACAUGCCCACUUCCAGAAGGCCAAGGAGAGCCUGGAGGCCAAGCACCGUGAGAGGAUGUCCCAGGUGAUGAGAGAGUGGGAAGAGGCUGAGAGGGAAGCCAAGAAUCUUCCACGUGCUGACAAGAAGACUGUCAUCCAGCGUUUCCAGGAGAAGGUGGAGGCGCUGGAGCAGGAGGCAGCCAGUGAGCGCCAGCAGCUGGUGGAGACCCACAUGGCCCGGGUGGAGGCUCUGCUCAACGACCGCCGUCGCCUGGCUCUGGAGAGCUACCUGACGGCCCUGCAGCAGGACCCACCCAGGCCUCGCCACGUCUUCAGCCUGUUGAAGAAGUACGUCCGUGCCGAGCAGAAGGACAGGCAGCACACCCUCAAACACUUUGAACACGUCCGCAUGGUGGAUCCCAAGAAGGCAGCCCAGAUGAGACCUCAGGUGCUGACCCACCUGCGUGUCAUUGAGGAGCGUAUGAACCAGUCUCUGGGACUUCUCUACAAGGUGCCCGGUGUGGCCGACGAUAUCCAGGACCAAGUUGAGCUUCUGCAGAGGGAGCAGGCGGAGAUGGCCCAGCAGCUGGCCAACCUGCAAACGGACGUGAGGGUGAGCUAUGGCAACGACGCACUGAUGCCCGACCAGGAGCUGGGAGACGGCCAGACCGACCUUUUGCCCCAGGAAGACACUCUGGGCCUGACGGGAGUUGGCUUCAUCCACCCCGAGAUCUUCAACCAGCCCAACACUGACAACCAGGUUGAGCCAGUGGACUCUCGCCCUAAUCCUGACAGAGGCAUUCCCACACGGCCAGUGACUGGAAUGAAGAUGGAAGCUAUUCCUGAGCUGCGGAUGGAGACGGAGGACCGACAGAGCACUGAAUAUGAAGUUCACCACCAGAAACUGGUCUUCUUCGCAGAGGACGUGGGCUCCAACAAGGGCGCCAUCAUCGGCCUGAUGGUUGGAGGAGUCGUCAUAGCGACCGUGAUCGUCAUCACCUUGGUGAUGCUGAGGAAGAAGCAGUACACCUCCAUCCACCACGGCGUUAUCGAGGUGGACGCUGCCGUCACCCCCGAGGAGCGCCACCUGUCUAAGAUGCAGCAGAACGGUUACGAGAACCCGACCUACAAGUUCUUUGAGCAGAUGCAGAACUGAGGCGGAUGUCACGUUUACACACAUACACAUGCGCACACACACACACACACACACACACACAUAAAUACACAAACAAGAACAUCUCCUCCCACACAUCACACACCUCCCCUCCCCCAUCCUCCCCCUCCGACUAGUCCCACGUCUCCAAAAGGCAGUGCGGCUUAGAUCAUUGUGUGACUGAAAUAGUCAGUCACGAGCAUAUGGAGCGAACGUAGCCAGGAUUCUCUUUCGUUCUUGCCUGGGCGGACACUGUGGCCAAGCCAGUUUGCACCAAGUUUGUUCACUUUACUGGAGCAAGUCGCCUUUUAAUUAAAGAAAGGGGUUUUUAUAUGUUGCUCCGUCUGGGCCUGCUGAUGAAUGGAAAAAGGCCCCGCCCAGUGCAUCAAAACAAACCCACCCAGAGGGGAAAGAAGCGGGUUCUCUCCACACUGAUUCAGGGCCAGUGUAUAGAUCGUUUUUUUUUGGCUUGGGAAAGUUUUAGGUGUGGACUUUUGUAGGCAAAUCUGACCGCUGAUCAGUAGGAUAAAGAGGCGCACGCUGACCUGGGCCUCAUUUACACGAACUGGUUGCAGAUGAAUCAGUCGCUCAUUUCAAAUCAUUCUUCAACAUAGGGACAUAUUCAUGUGUUUCUAUCAUAUUCUUUGUAAUGAUUAUAUAAUGAAAUAAGGUUUAAAUCAAGCAACAAGAUUUUUGUAAAUGAGGCCAAGUGAUUCCCCCUCCUUCUGCACCACUACUGCACUCACUCUACAGUCUACACUGGAGUAUAAGUGAGCCUCCUCUCCCUCCCCUCCUCCUCCUCAUUCCUCCCUCCAUCCUCUUUUCUUUGUGCAUUCUUAGGACAGCUGGGCUGUGUUAAGUCACACAAGGCUCUUAAGGAUAUUUGGAGAUGCUGAUGAUAAUGAAUAUGUUGAUGAUGACAGUAGUAACUAUGUAUUCUGAAUGAGCUGUUUUUACUUUAGAGUUUUUCUCUAUCGUUUCCAGUUUUGUUUUUCAAAAAAGAAUGAAAAUGGAGAAAAAAAAAAAAAUCAGCCAAUGUAAAGUCCUUUUUUUAAAUUGCGUGUAAUGUUACUGAAGUAAUGCUCAAGUCUUAGCUGUUCCUAUGUAGUGCAUGACAACAAUGACAACAGGAUUUGGAAAAACAGAAAAAAAACAAAACAAGAUCUUAACGCUGCUCUCGAGAUCCUUUCUCACAUAUAGAUUGUCAUUCUAGCAAGAUUGUACAUUUAUUAUCUUCUUGUGAUCACGUGACUUCAAACAAUGAUGAAAAAUAUAUAUAAAUCUAGAUGAACAGGCUCUGCUUUGAUAUCAUGUAAAAUACACAUUUAAAAGAGAUCUGUGAUUUUGGAAUUUAAGUGUGUUUUUUUUUUUUUUUUAACCAUGCUACUUUCCUGAAGCUACAGGAGGGGGGCUGGCUUCAUCAUCUCUGUUUGUAUAUUAUUCUCAUUCAAUGAAAUAUAUUGUGUUAAAAAAUCGUCAUGCAUAGGGGCUUUCAGAAUUCACCCUAUUUAAUUUUUUAUUUUUUUUUAUUUUUUUUUGGUUGGAUUCAUGUCACUCACUUUUUUUUGAAAAGGGCAUGGUAUGAGGGUGAAGGUUACAGGGAGCAGGAAGGGAAAGAGAAAAAUGUGAGAAGUCAGGAUGGGUUAGGAUUAUCUCUGCGUGUGUGCGUGUGGUUUUUUUUUUUUUUUUUUUUUUAAUAUCAUUUUUUUAAAUUUUCAGUCUGGUGUUUCGUCCAGUCGUAAGCCGUCGCCGUUUCUUUUUUCGGUUUUGUAAUCAUUUAUGCUUUCUGCUGAUAGAACAGGUGAAGUGCUGAGAGGAGGAGGGGAAGGACAGUGAGGUAGAGAGGAAAUGACUUGCAGUUCCAGAUGGAUAGCCAGCCAGGCAGGCAGUCUGUAUAUAUAAUGGAUUUUCACCCCCCCCCCCCCCCCCCAAAAGCACCUCCCUUCCCCUACCUCCCUCCUUUCCUCCUUCGCCUUCCUUUCCCUUCAGGCAUGCUGCUCACCUCUCCGCCAUCAACGCACACUCGACUCCUCAGAGGCACAGCGUUGGAGUCUGUAUAUAGACGAUAGGCGUUCACCGCUGAGAGCGAGUCGUGGGCGAGGAUGUGAAAGCAGGGAUCAGAUAUUAGUCAGAGGUAAAUUCAAGCUCGUAGGCUAGAAUCCCCCGUUAAAGAUUUGUCACCAUCUCAACAUUACAGAAAGAAAUACAGUGUGACCUCUCCUUCUGGUAGUACAUCUAAUGGCAAGUAAGAUCUGUGAGGAAAGGGUGAGUGGAAUGUAUAUAUUGAGGUUUCAGUGGGGUGGGUCCGUGGUUUUCAGAGGGUGCUCAUUAGAAGCCCAACAGAGGGCAGUAGAGUAGAAGAGGAAGCAGGAUUUUCUUUCUAUCUUUUUCUGUGGGUUAUAUAUUGGUUCUGUUUUCCACUGUGUAAUAUUGUGCAGGCCAUUUGCAUUGACUGGGAAAACGCUUUCUACACUGUAUUCCAUAAUAAAGUUUUGAAUGUACAUACA